AUGCGUUUAUUCGUUGGUUACAAAUCAUCAAAUCAAAGCUUUAAACAAUUAGAAGUAGAAACUGAAAGAGGUGAUGCCGGUUAUCUUCAAAUGGAUUGCGCCCGUGAAUCUUUCGCAUUUGCAACAUAUAAACCAAAAUCAGAAAGGAAAGUUAAAAAGUUUGUUCAUUCGUUAUAUAAUAAUGUUCAAAAAUAUGAUAACUCAGUAUGUGGUAAAUAUAUUGACCCUUCAGAAGUUUUCAAGAACGCAAAUAAAGAAGUUGAUAUCACUUUUGAUAUGAUUAUUCCGGUAAAUGAUUUGUUAGCAUUUCAGGCGUUCGAUGAUUAUCCUAAAUCAUUUGGUGAAAUCAUUCUUAAAUAUUAUGUUUUCAGGGAUACUUUAGUAUUUUGUCAGGUUGACCCGUUAAGAGUUGCUGAUUUACAAAAUUACGUUUAUGAAAAGAUAACUGAUGAAAAUUAUGAAAAGAUUAUGAAUCAUGUUUAUAAAUAUGAUCGCAAAUUCCAACAAAUCGGACUUCCUGCCAAAUUAAUUACAGGCUUAGCUGCUACAUCUGCUGACGCAACAGUUGAUGACGUUAUUAUUUCAUGCACAAAGAUGGAAGUUUUAGAGGAUAAAUGUAUUACACCAGGAUACGGUUUAAUUGAAGAAUCAGUUAAAGCAAUACCACGUUUAUUCAGUAAGGAAGAUCCAUUCAUGAUUCCAGCUCAACAUAUUGACGUUCGUUCACUAAAUGGAGGUUGCAUCACUCCUGAAGGUAUCAGCUCGGAUUUCUCAUACGCUCUUCAUAA